AACCUAUUAAAAAUAUAUAAAAAAAAUACACUUUAAAUUAAAGAGCUCUUAAGUUACUUAUCAAAUUUUAACAUGAUGAGAUCUUCCACAAAUUUUGGAAUGCGCGUAAUUUUUUUUGUGUAUUUAUCGGUUCAAAUAAAUACCGUAUUUAUUUCUGGAGGAUUUGUUGAAUCAAAUCAAAAGGAACUUGAAGAAAUUUUGGAAAUUUAUUCGGAGAAUAAUUUUGAAGAAUUUGAUCAACAGUCUACAAGAUUGUCUACAAUUGAAGAGGGGCUUGCAGGUAUCAAAGGAUCGGUCAAAAAAAUAAAAUCGUGGAUACCUAAUAAAUGGAAGAAUAAUUUGCAUUCAGAUGAGCAAGAGUCAGCUCCUAAAAUUAAAUUCAGUGAUUUUGUAAGACAGUAUAGUGGCAAAAUUCGCGCAAUAUUUCCAGGUACUCGUUGGUGUGGUGAUGGCAACAUAGCUCGUGAUGACACUGACCUAGGUUCAUUUAAGCAUACAGAUGCCUGCUGUCGACAACACGACAAGUGUCCUUUUAAUCUUGAAAGCGGAGAGACUUUAGGUCCUUUGAGAAACAAUGGCGCAUUUACGAGAUCCUGGUGCGCUUGCGACCAAGAUUUUUACAAUUGUUUAAAAGCAGCAAAUAAUCCAAUUGCUAGAGAAAUUGGUGUUACUUAUUUCACAGUUUUGGGACCUCAAUGCAUUGAUUAUAAUUUUCCUGCGACGUGUAUAAGCAAGUCAAGUGUAUUAGACAUCGCAGGUAGAAAAUGCCUUGAAUACAAGUAUGAUCAAUCGCAAAAGAAAAUUAUGCAAUGGAAAGACAGUUCUAAUUAUGUUGAAAUCCUGAACAGAGGAGCCCAAAAACGCGCGCAUCAUAACGAACUGGAAAGAAAGCGCCGAAAAGAAAUUAAAUUCUACUUCGAAAGAUUGAAAAAUACUGUCAAUCGGAUAGAUCCUGCGAAAGAACUUGCUACGAGCAGGAGGAAAAUUUUAACUAAAUCCGCUAACUAUAUCAUGAAGAAAGAAGGUAAUUUACACUUAAUUAAAAAUGAGAUAUUGGCGAUUAAAAACCAAAAUAGACUUCUAGAAGCUCAAGUUGAUAAAUUUAAUGAUAGUGCUUAUGAUAUUAAUCGAAAACGAAGAUUAAUAGUACCAGGAAGUUUAUGGUGCGGUGUUGGAAAUAUAGCCAUCCGGGAAGAUGAUAUAGGUCAGUUCCAUCUAACCGAUACAUGUUGCAAAGAUCGUGACUUGUGCGGAUUUAACCAUAAAGAAAUCUUGCUGCACUUUGAAUCUAAAAAAGACGUCGCUUCGCAGCUUUUCGGAAAACCAGUUUGCAAAUGUGAGCGCGAAUUUUACAGUUGCUUAAGAAGAGCUAACACUUUUGUAUCGCGCAAUCUUGGAAGAUUGUAUUUUUCUAUUAUUCGCCCAAAAUGUUACACUUAUGAUCAUCCUAGCAUAUAUUGCAUUAGAUUUCAAGGAAUACUGCAAAGAAGAUGUCUUAAGUAUCAAGUCGAUACAAAUUCACGGAUGAGAAUAGAAACAAGAGAUAAUCCAUACUUUUUUUGAAGAAAUAAUUUAUUAUAUUUUUUUU